AUGGGUCACCCUAUUCAACGGCAAUCUAUUACUCCCAGUGUCGUCGCUGUUUCUAUGCCGACACUUGAGGAAUGUAUCGAACGUUUUUGGAAAACUGAAGAAUUGACCGUUGACAACAAUUAUUCGGUAGAGGAGCGCCACUGUGAGGAUUUCUUCCAAUCCACAACGUCUCGUGACGAGACAGGCCGCUACAUUGUCCGGCUACCACGUAAACCCGAUUUCGACGCGAUGCUAGGUGAAUCCAAAAUCGGUGCUCUUCGUCGCUUCGAGCAACUCGAGCGGCGACUAGAACGGGACCAAAAGCUGAAGGAAGAAUAUCACGAUUUCAUGAGGGAGUACCUCUCCCUCGGCCAUAUGCGAUUGGUCGAGUCGGACGAUGUAAAUCACUCCCACAUAUAUUAUCUUCCUCACCACCCCGUAAUCAAGGAGGCAAGUACAACCACCAAAGUAAGAGUCGUAUUCGACGGCUCUGCUCGUACUUCAACCGGCUUCUCCCUGAAUGAAGCUCGGUGGUCCAAGAUGAUCUUCUUGCCAUCAUUCUUCGGUUUCUGA